UUGUUCUCCUCAAUGCAAGUGUAAUGAAGGAGCCUUGCGCUCUCUACGAAAGGGAAUGACCCUCUACCACUCUGAGUCAAAGCUGUCUUCCCUCCCUCAGUGCCAGGAGGCCCUGCUCAACGGAACAGGACGACUACACACCAGCAAGCCCUCACCGUCAACAGGGUUCCUCUCCUCUGUGGGAAAACCUGAAGAUGUUAUUCAUACUAUGAAGCAGGACUUGGAGGUUCAUGAAAACUUGAACAAGCAGCUUCCAGAUGACUAUGAGGAAGACCUGAGUGAGAAAGAAAAGGCCAUUGUGCGAGAGAUGUGUAAUGUGGUGUUGGGCAAGCUGGGCGAUGCAGCAGGAUCAAAGCCUUCCAUCCAGCAGCAUCUGUCUGGGAAUCUGUUCAAAGGCCCUCUGUAGCAGCUUAAAACAACCCCACCUCACCCCUUCAUCCCAGUCCCCACCCACCCACCAUGAUCGAACACGGGAUGGUGCAAUAGUCAUAGUACAUGAGUCCUGGACCUCCUUCAGACUGAUGCAGCGUUAAAGAUGAGCACUUUCUCUGUUUUGAGCAAAAGAUCACUUUGGCUAGUGCGUCAAAAUAAGUUAGAGACUUACAUGUGUAUCUUACUUUGCGAUACUGCCCUUCCUCAUUAGCAUAACUAAUAUACAUUGUAGAUAUCACUUUUUAUUGUGUGAAAGAAUGUACAAAAGCCUAGUCAUGUUGUUAUUACUUCUUUUGAAUGUGUUAACUUUUAGUGGUCAUGUGCAUUACAAGUUUUUGUUAAGUGAAGAUACAACUGAACAAUGACAAGGUUUUUUUAAUAGUGCAACUACUUUUUUUAAAAGAUUCAUCAAAUACUCAUGUAAUAUCAGUGUUUUUUUCAGAAGUAUCAGACAAUAUAAAUAUAUAAAAACCCACUGGAUCACUACUCUAUCCAAGAAAUAGCACUGUUCUUCCAUUUUAGUUGUGUAAUCUCAACAAUUUACAGUAGUGUGCUGUGCAUGCCUGACAAUCAUGUUUCUCAGGUCUGGGGAAAGGACAGCUGUAGAGUCAUGCAGGAACUUUAUGACUAUAUAAUAGCCACAAAACAGCUCUGCCUCUUUCCACCUCCUCUGUGAAUAGUUUUGCCCCAGGUUCAAACUUUGUUUUGGAUAGCUGAAGACAAUUGCAGCAUCCAUAGUAUGUUUAAAAGACAAAUUGUUUGCUAAUUUAAUGGCUAUGUCAUCAUGGUUUGUCAUACAACCUAAGGCUAUCAUUGAACUACCACAAAAAUGGAAUAUUUUAUAGACCUUGAUGAACAUUUCUAAUCUUCUGGAUUCAGCAGAUUAUGUUCAGCCAUGCUACUGCAUGUUAAUGACUGUCUUUGUGUGUAAAUGUGAAUUUUAUCUUUCAGGGUAUCUUUCAUAAUAACCACAAAGAAGACAAGCUUGAUGUAAGGGACAUUCACAGGCAAAUUGAAGAUUAAUUGAGAAAUACCAAUUAAGGUGGAAAAGUCAUGAAAAUUAGAAUGCACUAGAGUCAGAAGCGUCUUUCUUGAAAGUCCAUUGAAAGACUGGUUCAUCUACUUCCAAAUGAAAAUCACAUUUUUAUAUAUUGUUUUUGCUUUAUCCAAAAUUAAAAAAAGAAAAAGAAAAUGAUAGAAAAUCUAAUUUAAGUUCAUGAAAACUGUAGUUACAACAUGAUUUUACUAACCUUUUAGUAACCAUUGGCAUUGUUGGGAUGACAAAAGCAAAAACAGAAUAUAUAAAUGUUAAUUUUUCUCAGAAUUAAUUUGAAUUAAAAGCAAUAACUUUAUAUUUUCUGAUCUGCUGCCGUAUACGCUCCAGGACAUUUCUUUUGUAAUAUUUUCUAACUCUGUGUGUGAGACCCUGAAGUGGACACCUAAAUCAGCAGUGUUAAUGUCAAAUUCUACCCUUAUGGCCAGUGUAUUACUUACUUCCAAAAAUCUGGCUUUUGUUUCUGGGCCAUUAUGUUUAGUAUAAGGCUUUAACAGUACAGCAUGGAAUAGCAGAUCAAUUUUUUCAUAAGACAGCAGCUAGAAUUAAAUCCAUCUUGUUCAAGUUUAGUUAUUCUAAGCAUGUUUUGAAAAGAUAAAUUUCACUUUGCUUGGUUAUAGUAAGUCAUAGUAAAUGUUACAAUUUAAGGACCCAUUUAUUUUACCAGCACUGUUUUUUUAGAAUCUUGCUCUAGCAUAGUUUUAUCCAGAGCAGAAUAAGCGAGCAAGAAACGUUUCCCCAGAAAAGGUUUAAGUGUGCCUCCUCUGGAAUACAUCAAAAUGAUCCUGUUCCUUCCAGGGCACUGCCCAACUGUGCAAUCUCAACACUGAUCCUUGGCCAACGACCUGGCUCCAUUUGUUGUUAUCGCUUUAAGCAGUGGCAUUAGUUCUACUAAAAACUAAUAUCCUAACAUUUUGCCUCUUUGCCUUUUCAAUUUUUUUGUAUUGGUGUUCCAGUUACAGAUUAAGUUGGAAUCAUCUAGAUUUCUGCAUGACUAUCUCAUAAAAUAAAAUGACAUCUAAUCUUCAAUACAGUUUAAAUAAGGAUGCCAGUAUUAUUGAUAAAGGUAUUUAAAAUACCACUUUGAAAUACAAAAUUCCACUUUAAAAUGUGUGUGUGUAAUGGAAAAACCUAUGAUUUACAGUUCUGUCCUGUCACAAUACUAAACUACACUUCCAAAUCGACUCAUUACAAACAGAGAAAGUUCUGGUGCAUUUUAGAGCAGGUGAGCUCCAUAGAUUUCUUAGUGUCUCAGUCCUUGUCCUAAUGCUUGCCUAAAAAGGGAGUUCAAUUGAUUUUUUUUUAAUUAAUCCACAAUUAAAAUGUUAUAAUGUAAACAAAGGCAUGCAGAGGGGUUUGAUAUGAAAUGCUUCAUCUUAAAAAAAAAAAAACUUUCAGAAUUGUUCACAGUAGUGUUGAUAGGAACUGGACGUCCAAAGAGCCCCUGAAGGCUCCGUCACAGAAAAUGUUCACUUGAAAUGCCUAAGACAUUGUUUUACAAUAGUUCUGACAUGAAGGCUUUGUCCUAAAACAUUUUUAAAAAUUCAUUCAAGGUAGGGUGCAUGCAGGGCAACCCAAAUAAAAUAGAACAAGGAAAAAAAAAAAACUUUCAUCAGGUUUACCACUAUUUUACAAUUCUCAACAGAUCGUAAAUAAAUGCUUUACAUGUUUGAUCCAUUCUACCACCGACAUUAUUCAAGUCAAGGGCUUAGUGAGAACGGGGAUUCAUAAAUGCUCACUGAAGAUUUUUGUACUUUUAAAAUGCUGUUAGGUUUUUACAGCAGGAGUUGGAUCUCUGCGUGCCAGGUGACGGGCAGAAGUGGCUGCUCUUGUGACGACUUCGCAGCCGCUUUUAUUAGCAGCUGCCACUGAGCGGCCACAUCGCCGCCACUUUUAUUGGCAACUGCCAUCGAGCAGCUACAUUGCGGCCACAACGCGGCCACUUCGAGGCCACAUCGGGGCCACUUUUAUUAGCGACCGCCACUUCACAGCCACUUUCAUUAGCGACCAUCACUUCACUGCCACUGCUCCGUCACUUUUAAAUUUACAUUUUAAAUAAAUCGC